UAGAUAACAAAGUUACAAAAAAGAAUCUUUUCUAACAAAUAGCUUCCUACAAACAACAAACAAAUAUCUUGCAGAUGAAACAAAAGCCUAGUACAUCUACAAGAGACAAGAAAACAAUGCAAGCAUAGAAAAAGAAAGAGUGAAUAUAAUUAUCACAGUACACGAGUGCCUAUAAAAAUAAAGUAAGGAUCACUAUUUUCCUAGUAUCCUACUUUUCUUUUAAAAAAAAAAAUAAUUAACCACUUCCACAACCACAACCGAUGGGAGAUUAAGUGAAAAUGCAAGAAGGGGAAGGUAGAAAAAAUCAUGCUCUAAUAUUGCAAAAUAAUGCAGUAGGAGAAGUGUGUCCUUCUGUCAUUGUCACAUUAUACUUUGAUAGCCAUCCAUCCUUGCCUGCACAGUUUGCUCCCCAACAGAGUGCACACCCCCAAGUACAUUCUUGGCAUUUUCUCCCUUUUUUUUUAUUGUAUGCCCCACACUCACUUCUUCUUUCUCUCCUUCCAAGUCUCAAAUCCCUUCAAUCCUUCAAUUCAAGUUUCAACUUCCCUCUCUCAAUGGAUGCAAAACGUCCUCAACUUGCUACACAACCUUUGAACUAUCAGACAUGGUUCUUGAAAGUUUCCAUCCACUGUGAAGGUUGCAGGAGGAAAGUAAAGAAGGUUCUGAAGAGCAUUGACGGUGUUUUCACUGCAACAAUAGACCAACAGCAGCAGAAAGUAACAGUCACUGGAAGUGUUGGCGUAGAGAUUCUUCUCAGGAAACUCGUCAGAGCAGGAAAACACGCCGAGAUGUGGCCGGAGAAUCUCAACCGUGACAAAAAAAUCUCCGGCAAAGGGCACAAGAAGAAUGAAGCAAGAGAACCACAGAGCUUGGAAAACAAGGGAACUGAAAAUGCUACUACUGCCAAUUGUAACAGUGGCAACAAGAGCAGCAACAACUCGCCGGAAAAGUCCCCCUCCGGUGACCAUGUUCCGGCGGAGAGUGGUGGUGGUGGUUCUGGCAAGAAGAAGAAAAAGAAAGUUCAGAGUGGUGAUGGCAAUGGGAGAAGUAGUUUGAGUUCAGAAGCAGCAGCAUCUACUGGUGCACCUGCAAACACUGGAUUGCAGUUUGAGGAUCUUGUGGGCCAGGUGAAUGUUAGCCCGCCACGUCAGCAAUCGUUGUCGUACCCAGAAACUGCUUAUUAUCCUUCGAUGGUUUAUGUUUCAGUUUAUGACAGAUUUUAUCCUUCUUAUUACUAUGUUCCAUCUUCACCCUACAUCCGUGCUGGUCUAGACCAAGACGGUUAUUAUCACGUUCAAUCAGCACCGUUGGUUUCCUUUGAGAUCUUCAGUGAUGAAAAUGCUAAUGGCUGUUCUGUUAUGUGAGACCUAUAAGUAAAGAGAAUGUUACACUAUGGAUAUUAUUAUUAUUAUUAUGGUCUGACAUCGUUUCGUGAUCCAGGGAACUUAAUUUUUUUUUUUUUAGUGAAUGUUAGUGGUUAGUUUUUGUUAGAAUAUU